GCAACAUUUUCUCUGAUAAAGAAAGUGGAGAACCUUAUAUAACUAGAUGUGGAUCACUUACUUUUAGCUGCCACUAAUAAUUCCAGCGCUGCCGUCAUGAGCGCUUAAGGGUGAUUAGCGUCACACUACCCCCAGGCCGUCGCGCUUACCUGGAAAGAAAUUCAUAUUAUUCGCAUGGUAUGUUUAAGCCUGGGGGUGUGGCUCGCCCGCCGGCAUCUGUUGCCACACCCGAGUGUCGCUGCGGGCGACGCGUCGGAGUGUAAACUCCGACGCGUAAUGUGUGGUGUUGAGUGGCUUACGACAGGAGCGUGAAGACUAAGCGUGCCUUUGGCGGAGGACCUGUCCCCGAAGGGAUGAGAGCGUGAGGUGAGGCGGCGGCACACGCAAGGUUGUGAGCGAAGGGCAACAUGGGUCGCUACGGCGUCGGUCACGGCGCGCUCGCCAUUCGGGAUCGUCGGCGACGCGUCCGUCGGACGUCGGUGGCGGGCCCUGGGAGCCAUCACCAGCAGCGACACCCGGAGAACUACACGAGCUUCGCGCAGCGCCAUCAGCAGCGGAAGAGCUCUGUUUCCUCCAGCCAGAGCGCCCCGGUCAAGGGCAGCGCCUACGCCAUCGACGCCGCCCCAGAAGUGGCCAUCAUGCCAGGACAGAUACCGCCAUCAUACGACCUCCAGAAAACCAAGAGCCUGACGGAGGUAGCAGAAGGACCCCUGCCCGGCCCCUCCUGGUGGCCCGGUCCCCCCUUCCAGCAGGGAGGGGUGGUCCACUCCCCCCCGGUGGGACACGCCGCCGCCGCCCCUUUCCAGGAGGGGAUGACAGAGUUUCCAAAGCGACACAGGGGCCUCCUGAGCGGGGUGUUGGGGCUCCUGACGGGGCGCGACACCUGGGCCCACAUCCAGGAGCGCCUCUUGCCCCACCUGAGGACGGCGGGACACCCACCAUCCCGCCAGGCAGCCAUGACCAACCGUCACCUGACCUUUGACCAGGAGUUACCUAACGGGAAGAACGCGUGGGGCGGCCGUGUUGGUGUCCAGAAGCAAGCCUCAGACGCCCAGAAAAGAUGGGUCACCAAGAACAAGGAUGAGAGCGGAGACGGUGAGACUCGAGACGACACCAAUAAUGGCCAAGUGGGCGACGCCUCAGGGGGCAGCUUGGAGAAGAGGCCAGAUGGCAGGUACCGGCAGACUGGAGUGGUCAACAUUGUACUCUACGUGGGCUUGGGACUCAUCUCUCUCGGCCUCAUCAUUACCUUUGUGGGUAUGGGGGAACACGGCUUCAAGUCCCCCGAGCUGAGACUCAUAGGUCCAAGUCUCAUUGGCUGCGGCUUCCUCUUUUGUCUCCUCCGGCUCUUCUUCUGCUCGACCCCCGCCUGCUGCGCCUUCUGCUGCAGAAAGAGCGAACCGUUGGACGAGAAGGCUCUGCUGUCCCCGUCCCGUGAAACUCUAGCAGAGGACUCGUCGGAGGGACAGCAGCAGCCGCAGCCGCAGCAUAGACUGCUACACCCGCUGGAGAAGCCCAAGCAGAGGCACCAGCAGGAGGAGGAGGUCCACCACGCCACAAGAAUCACCUCCAUGCCUGCGGCUCCGGAGGUCCAAUCCUCCAUACCCAAUUUUAUCGAGGAUGAGGGAGACGAAGACGCAGAAUUGGGCCUCGAGGUGGAGUACAUGGACGAGAUCAGCGAGGACCUGUCUCCUGGUCACAGACUGGCUCCUACGGUACACAACUCCAGACCUGCCUCCUCCCACAGCCAUACCUCAACGUCGUCUAAAUUAGCUGACGUCCACGGGAUCACGAGACAAAAUAGUGAGAUCGUGUUGGACCCGUCAGCACUGGAGAGAAGUGGAGACUGAGAGACGGUGGGAGCACCAACACAGCAGCAACAAUACGUCUAUCCUCAAGCUCUUGUUAUUGCUCUUCACGGACACCCCUGACCCUCUAUGGAUAUGGCCCGAGGACUGCUCCAUUGGGGGUCAACAGGAAGUGGCAUGACAUAUUGUGAGGAAGCGAGAAUUAUGUGAUAAAACUGGGGGCGCCAUCUGCUGUGGCCCUGGUGCUUCUCUUCUGGUACCUGGGAAUACUUGUUGCUGUGGUCCUGGUGUCUCCUCCUGGUGCCUGGGAAUACUUCUUGCUGUUACCCUGGUGUCUCCUCCUGGUGCCUGGGAACACUUCCUGCUUUGGUCCUUGUAUCUUCUCCUGAUGCCUAGGAACACUUCCUGCUGUGGCCCUGGUAUCCUCCUCCUGGUGCUUGGCCGCCCUCUCAAUAAACAAUUUGUUGCGUGCCUUGAAUAAACCAGUCAGAGAGCGGUGCCCGCGCAUGACAAUGAAACGCGGCUGAUGCCCCUUCAACUCGAGGCCUCAGUUUGAACCCGGCAGCGAGUGAGUCACAAUAUAGGCACAGAGACAGACGCUUCGAUACAAGUAAUUGUACUCACUAGACUAACAAUCCUUAUAAAAAAAAGUAUAGAGGAACAGGGAAGCCUAAACAUAUACAUCGAAACCUCUUCACACGCCAGUAUAAGCAACACUGGUGGCAGUGGUGGGGUGUGGACUUUGCACAACCACCGCCAGCAGGGUGACGAAGGCGAGACUGACAGAAGUGACGGCAUGGACUCAGCCUAUAUCGCCUCAGCAACUCUCACACUCACACGUAGCAGCCACUUUUUCUCGCGUAUCAGUUUUCAAGCCAAACUUAUGUUAAUAACCCAUGAUUCUUGAUUGCAUUUUUCUACCUUAACAUUGAAAAUCAUAACAUGCAAGCUGCUGUACUCUUAAAUACAGUCAUAAAGUCAACAUCUAGUGAAACUUAGGACAAAUCAAUAUUAAUUUUAUUAUAUUACCAAAUAAACUCAGGUCUGAACUUGGACUGAAGGCAGAACUUGAAUUAAGAAAUCCAUAAAAAUUAAGUGUUUUUUUUAGUUUACUUAUGUAAAACAAAAUAUAGAUAUUGACGAAAAUUAUAAAAUUAAUCAAAAAAUCUAAAUCGAACUCAUGAUGUCACUACAAAAAUAUUCUCUAAGUCACUAGUGUCAAAAUUAUUGUUUUAUUGUUCAAACUAUGCCAAGUGCUGAACAAUGUGCCUCUUCACGUAUUGUUAAUUUGUUAUGACAAAUAAUUGCCUAAUAUAUCAUUCACUCACAACGAAAUAUUAUACAUUACUGAAUUGAAUGUUAAUGGUCCUGUUGACACGUGCUCCUGUACACCACUGGUCCUGUUGACACGUGUUAACAGCUGUUGUGGUUGUAGCUCUCUUGGUAGCGGAAAGGAACGGAGUACCAAACGCCUGUGGCUUUUUCUUCCGUUUUAUUACAAAGUUAUAAAUACUUUGUGCUGGAGCAGGAGCUAGCUGUAUAGUGUGUGUGUGCAGGACGGAGGCUCAAGAUGGUCUGAAGUUGGUUUCGUGUGAUGCUUCAUCUGCAGUUCUGCUGAUUCCGGUGUUGACUAUGUAGUCGAUAUAUGCAGUUGAGAUGAGGGUAUUAAUGGUCACCACAUGUGUGUGUGUGUCCAGUGUGCGUCCAACACAUGUGUUUGUGUACACAGUUGGUCCUGUUGACACCUGGGGUUGUGCAUAAUAUAGUACUGUUGACAUCUGGGCUCACUCACACAGCUAGUCCUGUUGACAUCUUGAUUGAUUCAGUGCAGUCGGCUCGCAGCCGAAAGAUCCCGAGUUCACUUCCUGCAACAGGACAGAAACGUUUGGGCACCGUUUCCUAUCACCUGAUGUCUUUGUCCACCUAGUAGCAAAUAAGUACCCGGGAGUCAGGCAACUGUUGUGGGUUGCAUCCUGGAAAAAGACAGUAGUUGGCCUAGAUGGACCUGGAUAAGCCCAAGUGGAAUAUCCAGUUGAUGCCACCUCACUGGCUUGACCGCAAUUGAUGGCGGUGUGGUGGAGACCGUGGGCGUCCUCGCGGGCCAACCCUUCAUCCUCCCGAAGGAGCCACAGACGAGGAUGGAAUGAGUAUUUUAAUAUUAUUAAUGUGUUAAUUGAGAGGGGAAGCAGGCCUCUGACACUGGUCAGAGCUGACUGUGUGUCCCGGGGCUGGAGGGCCACCAGCCUGUCUCACGCCUUCAUUCUCAGCCCACGUUUAAAGAGCACAACAUAUUAUAUUAUUACAUAUUUCAUAGAAAAUGAGCAAUACUUUUCUAAGAUUUCAUCUAUAUUUUAAGACAUUUUCCCGGGUAACAGUUACAAGAAGGGUUGAACAAUGUAAGUUUAGUCACGAAUCAAGUACCAAGAACAGCUCCACCUUCAGAAAACAAUGCAAACACACAUUAUUCCACGCGAGAAUUUUAUUAGAACGAACAUUGGUCAUAGAAAUAAAGAUGUAACAAAAUCAGUUGAGAGACACAUGUCCUCAGGCAGCGGCCCCGAGCCUCCUGCAGCCGUGUCCUGAGACACAUGUCCUCAGGCAGCGGCCCGAGCCUCCUGCAGCCUUGUCCUGAGACACAUGUCCUCAGGCAGCGGCCCCGAGCCUCCUGCAGCCGUGUCCUGAGACACAUGUCCUCAGGCAGCGGCCCGAGCCUCCUGCAGCCGUGUCCUGAGACACAUGUCCUCAGGCAGCGGCCCCGAGCCUCCUGCAGCCUUGUCCUGAGACACAUGUCCUCAGGCAGCGGCCCCGAGCCUCCUGCAGCCGUGUCCUGAGACACAUGUCCUCAGGCAGCGGCCCGAGCCUCCUGCAGCCGUGUCCUGAGACACAUGUCCUCAGGCAGCGGCCCGAGCCUCCUGCAGCCGUGUCCUGAGACACAUGUCCUCAGGCAGCGACCCGAGCCUCCUGCAGCCGUGUCCUGAGACAUAUGUCCUCAGGCAGCGGCCCCGAGGCUCCUGCAGCCGUGUCCUGAGACACAUGUCCUCAGGCAGCGGCCCGAGCCUCCUGCAGCCGUGUCCUCGCGCCGUACACGAGGUUCAUAGUUGAAUCUUUUAUAUCAUAAACCAACAUUAUGAACUGUAAUAAUCAAUUCUGUUUGUAUGAGAAAGAUGGAAUUAGAGCUAAGGCUAUACUUGAACUGUGUAAAGAGUUAGCAGCUUCUAUAUAGAUGAGUCAGUGCUGUAGUGAGGUCACUGUUGGCCGGUCCUGCCUGCUGUAGUGAGGUCACUGUAGGCCGGUCCUGCCUGCUGUAGUGAGGUCACUGUAGGCCGGUCCUGCCUACUGUAGUGAGGUCACUGUAGACAGGUCCAGCCUACAGUAGUGAGGUCACUGAAGACAGGUCCUGCCUACUGUAGUGAGGUCACUGUAGACAGGUCCAGCCUACUGUAGUGAGGUCACUGUAGACAGGUCCAGCCUGCUGUAGUGAGGUCACUGUAGGCCGGUCCAGCCUGCUAUAGUGAGGUCACUGUAGACAGGUCCAGCCUGCUGUAGUGAGGUCACUGUAGACAGGUCCAGCCUGCUGUAGUGAGGUCACUGUAGGCCGGUCCAGCCUGCUAUAGUGAGGUCACUGUAGACAGGUCCAACCUGCUGUAGUGAGGUCACUGUAGACAGGUCCAGCCUGCUGUAGUGAGGUCACUGUAGACAGGUCCUGCCUACUGUAGUGAGGUCACUGUAGACAGGUCCUGCCUGCUGUAGUGAGGUCACUGUAGACAGGUCCAGCCUGCUGUAGUGAGGUCACUGUAGACAGGUCCAGCCUGCUGUAGUGAGGUCACUGUAGACAGGUCCUGCCUGCUGUAGUGAGGUCACUGUAGACAGGUCCAGCCUGCUGUAGUGAGGUCACUGUAGGCCGGUCCUGCCUACUGUAGUGAGGUCACUGUAGACAGGUCCAGCCUACUGUUGAUAUGUCACCUGAUAUUAUGUGCCAAAAUGUGUCAGAUGUCUUGCUAACCUUCUUCGUAACUUCAGGCCCCCUUCAAUGUCUUUAAGUAUAGUGCAAGCCUUCGGAAAAUCUUAUGUAACAUUAUAUUAUAUUAUAUUAUAUAUAUAUAUAUA